AUGACAAAAAAUCCAAAAUUAUUGAAACUGUUCGAUCUGAUUGUCCGGAAAUUCCCCCCACCCCAACCGCGUGCCGUGAGUGAGUACUUAAAGGCCUAUAAAUUAGAAAACCUUGUUGCGGCCGGUGCUGGCGCCGGUCUUGUGCUCCGGAAAUCUUGGUCGUCUUGGUCAGAGGGAACGUCCCAAGAUGCAGAACAAACUAAGGAACCCCUACUUCAGCUCACUUUUGAUGUAAGUUUCGGUCAUUAUUAAUAGUGUAUAUUUUACAUUGUAUCUUUUCCUACUCUUGUCAUAUACCAAAACGACUUGUUGACCAAGCUUACUGCCGUAAUUAAUUUACACAGUGGUCUCCCAUUACGAUUCCUUACCCUGCCCACUAUCAUCCAUCUGGAUUGGGUUAGUAACCGCCGAGUCUGUCAGGUUGGGAUAUUCUCACCCCCAGCCACUAUAGUGCACAUCCAUCGCGCAGUCCUAAAGCAGUAAAUUUACCUUCGACCCAAGUGAUUGUUCCUUGUUUGAAUAUCACGUUUUUUGGCCUGUGGCUUGAAUACAUUUCGAUCGCGAGGGGAAACAAGUCGGAGAUGGGAAUUUAGCCUUCCCUUAUUUGUCGGGGAACUCAUCUUUGUCAGCCCGAUAUUUGUCUCCGGAAAAAUCGAGUUCCGGCUCGCGUAAAAUGCAGUCCUGUUGGUGCGACUUUGGCCGUUCUGUUGAGUUGAAUUAUCCCAGUUCUACACUUCCGUACAGUUUUUUCUAAGGUGGCAAUGAUUUGGACGUAGUGCCGGUUUUAGCGCCUAUGUGGCAGCAGCGCAGCUUAUUUGUUCCCAAUACCUCCACUAUCCGUGGUGUAUACUUCACUUUCUUGUGUUACUUUACUAUGAAGCAUGCCUUGCUCAAACAAGAUACACCUGGUGUAUUUGACGUUCUUUUCCUCGUGACUAUCCGGUUUUUGAAUCUACAGUUGCAUCCACUAGAGGGUUAGAUAAUGAACUCCACACUGCGCCUCGCUUCCAUCAGCACUAUAUUGCUCUGGUAGUUUUUAACGAUCAUGUACUCCAGUGAACCGAACGUUGAUAUAACCGUGUAUCCCUGCUAUUAGAAGGCUCAGAAAAGUGCACAUCCAAUACCAGUCUUUAGGAAAAAAAAAACACUAUGGAUACUGCAAAGAAGCGGUGCGCGUGUUCGUGACGACGGUUGUUGUAUUUGUUCUAGCCUGCAGAUCUUCUCAAGAGUAUCUUCAUAGUAUAUGGAAGAACAACAACCCAUGGGCAGUUUUCGCAGCGUAACAACAAGGAAAAAAGGGGAAGGAAUGUGUGCCCUCGGCUGGGGCUGGAGUCGAACCGUCGGACCGGCCGUGCGCGUCGUUGGUAUGGAGCUGGGCCACGCCGUCUUUUAGUGAGCUUGGCACAUGCUGGGCUCAGCUGUGUGUUGUGCCCACCUAAGAGUGAUGUAUUUUGGAUGUAAUCUCGCAUUAAUCUAGCUUAGGCGGCCGAUGCCUAGGCAAACUCUCGGAAAUGUAGUUGGAGAUGAUGGGAUUUGGCCCGUAGCUCGUCUUCAAUCCCACGGUCCACAGUUUGUGUGACUGCUGUGCUACCCAUGUCGGUCGCCACAUAACUGAAAUGGAAGGUUAUACUCUAAGUUGCGGUAAGUUUGCGGCACGUACCGACUCUAUAAAGCACGACGACUGACGCAGCAACUAGAUGUUGAAUUAAAGACCGCCUCUUAUUUUUAUCGCUGCUUAGGACGGAUGUGUCCGGUUUCAGAUUUCUAAGUGACCUUUUAAUACGCGAGUCUUAGUGGGGGCUGCAUCGAUACACAAAAUCUGGUCUUGGACGUCGCCACCCAGAUUUUUUAUAAUAGCUUCUCUCAGGAACAUCCCUCCCCCGGAGAUUCAGCACUUGAAGAGAACAACGGGGCCGCCAACCCCGUAUCCACCCACACAUCAAUCUUAGUGUUUAUGACGUCGCUGCCGAGGUCACCCAAAAGAAGGCGUGUGUUCCGAGCUCCAAGAAUAACCGAACUUACUUUGAUAGAAUAAGGGUGUCGUUCGUUUUUGUUCCUGCAACGUGGUGUUAGGAGUCCCAUUCACCAUGUUUCUCUGGACCCAGUGGUUGUAAUUGGGGAAAAACGCGUAUUAUAAACACCUCUCACACUAGAUAGUAGACUUUGGAUCCAUACACCAGCACGUAGGUUGCUCGGACAGCUGCCGAAUUUUGAUUGUCUUGGUCUGUACGAAACCAAUCCAGAGCGGCCAGCGUUGACCAUGUAUAUAUGGAUCAGUGACUCGGGGUAUUUCUGCGCAUGCAGCUUCGCCACCCACCUACUGGUGCAGGUCUUGAAGUGCUGACUGUAGUCCUGUGAUUCUUUAUGUUUUUUAUUCGAAAACGACUCCCGUUCGGGUCAGAUUGACUACUCGUCUGUCUCUCACAUUCCGUUUUCUCCAAGAUUUGGGUAUUAAUGCAAUUCAAAUAGUUAAAGUUGAAAUUAAACUUGUCCGGCUUGUAACAGUCCAUUGCCAGUUCCCGGUAACUGCCUUUAGAAAACCUACUGUUUCUGGGAGGAAUUUACGGUCGGAGUGGUCAGGAUCCUUCAUCUACCUUGUUCGUGAUUCCGAUAGGCGAGCUGGAGGCUCACGAAAAACUUCGUGAAACUAUGGCUUUCUAUCAUACCAGUCCUAUAGUCCCAUCUCCUCCAGCCGGCCUGUCUCCAAUCUGUCACAGCAAAAUAUCGAUAUAGGGAGUAGUGAGCGAGGUGAACCCUGGGUUUUCUUUCCUCAUGCCGAUCCGAUGCCUACUUAUCUCACUGUAACGCGCUUUUGACUGAUAAUGUUCUACGCCAUGACUUGGAAUGUUGCCAGCUGGUGCGAUGCCUUGGUUUUUAUCCGAACUGGAAGUAAGGCCACAAUGUUUCCAUAAUGUGGCUUUUGUGACAUCUUACACCCUCCCGAGUUUCGAAGUACGGUUCGUGGGCGUGUAGGGACUAUCACGCGUGGGACUCGCAGAGAUGUGUUAGCUAUUCCAUCAGCCGCUACACUUACCUCCACUCCCGGUCGUCUUGGUAUUGCCUUGCCUUUAGCCCAUGAUAGGUGUUGACAGGACGGGGCAUAUGUAGCACAAGUUCUUUUUCACAGUAAACUAAUUCGCACCCAAGUCAAAGUUGUUCCCUCGUGAGAGCUGUAAUGUCAUUCGAUACCAGUGGAAAGGCCCUCGUCCAUUUCGAACUGCCGGUCGGAGCCGUGUCCGGUUGUAGUUAUCGCGAGACGUACUUAGGCGCCUGAUGAGGCUGGCGAGAAACAAACAGGCACUUACAAACCGACACUUGUACCGACUGCCAUUCGACUAGAGGAACUCUCAUAAUAAGCACUCACUGACACCGAUAUUGUCCACGCCGCCAAUAUUGUUAUAAACUACUUCUAUUGUCACAUGAUAAUUUUACUGCACUUUCUCUCCUAUUAGUUUCUUAUUCAUUUGUCUCAUUGUCUCUCAUAUCCCUCCGCGACUUCAUAGUCGAACACGACAAAAACAGUUGCAAAGUUCCCCGGGCUUCGUAACAAGGGGAACACUUGCUAUGCGAAUGCCGCUCUCCAGCUCCUAUAUCACUGUCCAGACUUCCGUGAAGCUGUGUUAUCACCCAGCACGUUCCGGUCUCCAACCUCCACCGAGUCAGCCAAGACAGAGCACUCGUCCAAAAACAGCGACGCCGAAAGUUGCAGUUUGUGGCCGCUCCAGAACUCCAGCCCUCAGACGUUUGGACGACUGCACGAGACAUUAACGCAGCUAUUCCUCACUCUUUCCACAGCAAAGGUUAGUAAUCAGUCUCGCAAAGCGAUAACCUCUAUCUAGCUGUCAUUCUCUUCUGUCCCUGUGUCUCACUUUCAGCUCACCCUUCUGACUUGUUUCUUUUGCAGACUCUUUCUUUGUGGCUUACUAUAGUGAUCAUCCUAGCUAGACUCUUAUCGAUGAUAUGUUACAACACAAGUGAAGCAACAUCCAAAUGGUCUUCUGAGACAGAGUUGAUCUGAAAAGUACUAGUCCAGCAAGGAGCCAGUGCAGUCUGGGAGUUUGUUGAGUAACCGACCUGAUGUGUACUUCGAAAAGUCUACUUGGUUAUGACCAAAGUGUUCUAUUGUCUCAGACACCGCACUACUCGACCACCCGUUUAGCCCCUCAUUCCGCGCUGUUUUUCGGAGAUAGAUCUUCACACCAUAGACGUCCUUCACUAAUUUCCACCUCGAUAUUUGACGAGUGGGAAAUGUGGAUAUCAGAAGAAGAGGAUGCGAUCACUGGAGCAAGAAGUUUAUUUGCCCGAAAUUUUAGAUUCUCACUUUGACUUAUCAUCACAGGCAGUCACGGAAAGAGAUACUGGAUGCACCAGGAGCGCGGUAUUUAUAGGAUGCAGUUGUCCGACAACUACAUGCCUAUGGUGAUUGGCGGCACUCGCGUCCAUCACUGGGGGUCGUAUUUGGGGCGAUGAUUGUUUCCCGAUCAGUGCCUGGAUCGUUACUUACUGGGAUUUCAUAACCGCUGUCGAUUUUUGGCGUGAAGCUUACUCGGCAGUUCGGGUCGCUGUCACUGGAACUGUUGGUCGUCUGCGCCCUACCCGUGUGUCUACUUAUUUCGCUUAGGCAAAAUCUCAGCACAAAAUAUGGAGACGGAAGGUCAUUGCGCUUGUUAAUUGAAUGCAGGCCGGAGAACCAUGACCCAAGGAGCUCGCGGCUCAGGCGGUUGUCACCUCUUGCGAGAAUUCCGGCCUUAUCAAACUUAGGGAUGUGGUCGAAUCCCGUCUAAUGAGCCGCGGUCCGGGAGCUAGCGUCGUUCCUCCUUACUGCUGCUGCAUGUUUGGCCAUUCGUAUUCGGAGUAGUCUCCCAGUUUCUCCGGUGUAGUUGCUUUGUCAGCGACUGUACCCGAUUCGAUAGACGUGGGUGGGUCUUUUGGUCUCAUGAUCUGGCGUCUGAUGGUUGCCUCCACUCUGUACACACCUCCAAUCCCGAGUGGCGUGAAGGGCGACUGACGGCGUCCGAGACAUUCUUCACGUACAGGAGCACUCGCCAAAAUCUGGAACCAGUUCCGGUGAAAGCGAGCCAAGUUGCCGAGUAAUCGUCACGCCUAGAACCAACAACGGCGAUGAAAUCACGGCCAUUAACAACUCGAGUAGGGGUUGACUAACAAUCGCGCAAAAUACGACCUCCAGCGAUGAACGCGAGUGCUGCUAAUUAUUGUGAGCAUAUGGUUGCCGGCCGACUGCAUCCUAUAAAUACUGCGUUGGUUGUGCCUCUACCACCCUGUUCUGCGAUUAUCUCCGAUGAUGGGCUCGUGUGAGAAUCCGAAACCUCAGGCCAAUGGACUUCUUGUCCCGGUGAUUGCAUCUCCUUCUCCUGAAAUGCUUUCUGAAACUCGCCUGUUCACUUCUAUUGGCAGUAUAGACAUCGAUUUACGAGUCAAUCUACACAGUAUUUCUUUCCUGCGGAGCGCUUGCUGGGCCGCUUUCAUGUUGCGAGGAUCGUACCAGUUAAUUGCUUGGUACUUCGUAAGGCUCGGAACCAGGCUCACUUUUGGGUGUUGAGUUUCCUGUCCAUAUGAUCUUCCAUUUCAGCGCCUACGCUGACUACUCAGAGUCUUAGCAAAAGGCAUCAGCCCGAUGUUGCCUCUUUCCUAAAGGACUAUGUGAAGUUUCCUUCUCUAGUAAUCACAUGAUUACCUGUGCAAGUGAAUGGCACGAUAAUAUUGUAGGAAGGACGUUCGCCGACCAAUAGUAACUGCAAAGAAGGCGUGUAGAGAAGAAAUUGAUUCCCUGCACACACGACCGGUCGCCAUGCAACUGCCUGCGACUGCUCAAGGCUUAGCAACAAGGCCCGUAACCUGACCGGUGAACAUCCCUCCUAUAGUAUUGAAUGAUCUCGAUCCUAACCUAUGGGACAACGGGCACGUGGCUGAAUAGUAGAGCGUUGGACUACUUAACGCUCAAUUUAUCAAGGAAUGUGGGUUAGCAUUUCGGGUCAUCCAGGCCUGGAGUUGGAUAUGACUGACUACUGAUGACUAGUAAGACAGAAAUAAGCAUCUCAGUCUCCCCUCUCUCUGUCGGCAUCCCCUUCUCUGCAUAAAAUCGAACUGCUUCACCAAGAAAGUCGUCGUACCCCCCUAAAGUGUAAUUAACUGAUUUCAGGAAUAGAAUACCGUAUGCGACUGUAAAUUUCGUAGUAGUUUGACCACUACUUUUUGAAAAUAUUUGUAUUGAGAUCCAUGCCUUUUUUCUUCAGAAUACCGUAAUAACAAUACAAUAAAAAUUUCUUGGAAAAAGUUUUUCAAUAUUUCGCCAUGAGAAAAAUAAUGAGGCAGUUAUUAAGCCUCACGCCCACGGACAUCGCCGUCAUGUUAGAAAUGGCCAGGUCAACAGUUUACGCCAUUAUCGACCGUCACAAAAAGUUCGGCCACGUAGAUAGGAAGCCUGGUAGUGGAAAAACAAAAAAAUUGAAGCCCCCUCUCAUAAGGGCUGUCCGAGGACGUAUUCAUUGCAGUCCAGUCCGGAGCAUGAGGAAGAUGGCCUUGACGCCUGAGGUGUCGGAGCAGACGGCCAGUAGUGUUCUGAAAAAGGACCUGAAGGCUAGAUCAGGGGCAAGGACCAAGAAGCAUCUCGUUACUGAGACGGUGAAAGAGAAGAGACUGGAAAGAAGUAAGAGAAUCUUAAGCUUCCUCAAGAAAGAACCACACACGGUGGUCUAUUCCGACGAGAAACAUAACGAUCGAUUCGGUGUCCAACAGUCGAACAGAUCGCUACAUAAGCUUCCUGAAGGAUUGUUAAGUACAAGUUUCAGACAAAGCAUCCUGCGUCUGUGAUGGUCUUUAGCCUGAUCGCCUCAGACGGCAAUCUCAUGCCCCCUGUGUUCAUCAAGGCCGGGGCCAGGGUGAACACAGAUGUUCUUCAGAAGCACGUCAAGCCUUGGAUAGAUUCCAACUACGUCCUAGACGACAAUGUGGCCUUUCAGCAAGGUGGCGCGCCUACACAUAAGUGACGGAAGACACAGAAGUGGCUGGAAGACUACAUGCCGUAUUUCUGACCCAAGGAUAUGUGGCCACCAGAUUUAAAUACCCUCGACUACAGCAUUUGGUAUGUCGAGGAGAAGGCCUGAAACAGGCCUCACAACAGUAUUGAGGCCCUGCAGGUCUCUAUUGCUAGAGGGUGGAACAAGAUGACAUCGGAGUGCAUCAAGAACACGUGCGCCAUGUUCACACCGAGAAUCGAAGUCAUUGAUGUCAAUGGUUCUCAUAUUGAAUAGUUCCUUUCUAGUAUGAAUUUUAAGUCAUUUAUGCAAAGUACACUUGUUUAUCCAGUUACUUGUUUUUGAAUCUGGUUAAGGCUGUAGUUCGGAUCACCCAAAUUACAAAAUUUACGGUCGCAUUAGGUAAGUUCGAAAGAGACAUCUGUUUAAUCCAUGGCAUCCUCGUUGGACCUUUGUAAGUUUACCCGAGGCUGGGUUCGCGGGCCGUAAUUUCAUUAACUCCUGGUCCCCCUUGGCCUACAAUCGUCCUUCUUCCGGAGAAUGACUAUGUUUGUUUUUAGCUUGAUUUUCCAGUGAAAGUCGACCCAAGAGGACGCCAGUUAACCUGAUGAUUCUUUUCCGACAGUCGUGCAUUUCUCACAGAGUGGGAAACACAGUGUUGGCAACUUCAUAUCUUUUUGCAAAUUCGGUUUCGCUUUUUAUGAUCAGGACUCCCUUAUCAUUAACAUGUGGACCCUUACCUAACGUCCGUUUUUGUCCGUAAAAGUCAUUUGAUAUGUGUAAGUGUUUCUGAUGAUGAUUAGGAAAACGGAAGUUAAGUAGUCUUUAUUGACUUACAGCCGCUCCAGACAGCCUAUGAUCCAUCAGCUGUGCUGACACUCUCCAAACCGUCUCACUUUGUCCAAGGGGAGCAACAGGAUUCAGCUGAAUAUCUCAACCACCUUCUGGACUGCCUUCACGAGGAGGAACUUCAAUCGAAACGGAGGGUUAACCAGUUGAAGUUAAUGGCUGAGCCAUCCGACGACGGUGGUCGUCGACAUCAAUUAUCGUCAUUCGGGAGCUCGGUCUCUACUACUGGUUCAUUUGAAUCCCUCACUCAGGGGGCAUCGCCUAAGCUCAGUGGACAGCGUGAGGAGUUGAUGGAAAUUGAAUGCUUAUCUUCAGGCAAUGAAGUGGUCGAACGUUUGCCCAAUGAUGUGUCCGAAAGAUCAAUCGUUCGCAGCCUUUUCGGUGGGACACUCUCCCGUCGUACCAUCUGCUCUCAGUGUAACCACGUUUCAAGUGCUGAGCUGGAGGACUUCAUUUGCCUCUUUCUUCCCAUUGACACCUCUGCGUCCUUCUCUUCGGAUUGUAACUCCACUGUGAGUGAUUUGUCUGAAGUUACCCUUCUGGUUUAUCUUGUUGGCAGAAGCAGCAGCGGCAGCAACUGCCAACACCCAACUACAACGGAGGCGUUAAAUCAUGCCUAAGAGCGUUUCCAAUGUUAUUCAGCGUGGAGCACAUAAUUUGGACUAUCAAAGCCCCGGCGUAUUUAGCGGGCAUUCCGUCGGUGACGAUAGCGUAUGUGACCCCGCCUAAUCCAUAUGACACGAUUAAGCCUGCUUCUUUCAUUUAAGUAGGCAUAUUACAGUAUGGUUUGUGGGAUAACGGAACUCAUUCUGACAAUAAUAUUAACGCCCAAUAGAACCCUUACCGCCUAGCUUAUUUAUGCCCCUAACCCUAAUCACACCCUAACCUUAAUAUUGCUGCUAGAACCAACGCUAGCGCCAAACCUCCCCGUAGGCGUACUCCCACCGCUAAGCUGGAGCUUCAAAUUUAACCCUAAGCCUAAUUCUAAACCUAGUCCUAAUCCGAACGCUAACCCCAACACCUACCACAAAAUAGGGUUUGAAUUAGGGUUAUAGUUGAGUGCCAGGGUUAGGGUCGGUACUCAGGGUCAGCAGUUGGAGUUUAUAGUUUAGAGUUGGAGUUAGGGUUGGGGGUUGGAGACUAUGUUGGGGUUUACGGUUUAUGGAUGAGGUUAGGAUUGGGAUUUAGGACAACGAUUAGAGUUAGGAUUGCGGUUAUGCUUUGGGUUAUUGUUAGGACUAAGGUCAGGUCUAGGGUUAAAAUCAAGACAAAUGUUAGGUUUAGUUUUGCUAACGGUAUGCUCUCUUACCAAAUCCCAUAACGGAAAUUUUGCCACAUUUCUAAUCUGCGAGACGUGGCUAUACCGGUUUUGGUGUGCGGAGAGGCCUAUACCUGCAUCGUUUCCGCAUACUCUAUAACUUGCCUCAGUUUACCACUCAUUAGGUUUCCAUAUAAAUGCUUCGCUCCAUGUAUGCCAGUGAAAUUGCUAAUAAGCUUUCCUUUUUCGCACUGAGUCAUUUGAAACUUCCUUCGUUAUCUGCUACGGGGUGGAUGUGCUGUCGAAAUUGCCUGUCUACGUUUGUCUGCUCCGUUGUCGCCCUACCAGAGAAGUUAGUGACUCCUCUUUCGGUGUGCACCCCCCCCCCCCUCCCUCCCUCCCCCCUGCCGAUAUCUCUCUGUUGCUCUUACCCCUUUUCUUCCUGCGCGCGUCUGGGAAAGACAUAAGUAUGUUCACCGGCAAGGUUAGCAGUCAGCCACUUCUUCACCAUUCAUUGGUAGUUGCGGUAGAACUGGUGACUCGUCUACUGGUGCUACUGUAUGUUUAGGCAGGCUGUGACGCAUGAGGACCGUGUACUUGCGCUCGAAACUCACUGGCUUUCGCCGAGGCCGUCUACUUUCUACUUAACUUCUACGAAGGCUUCCGUACCGGUUGGCAGUUGCCAUCAGUUGUACAAGCUUUACCGUUGUCGUCACUUUCGGCAACUGUGACAUACCGUUUUCCUGCGGGUUAGCCAGCUGAUCGCCUUGCGUCUGUGCUCUUUCUUUCUCGCAUAACCGUCAGACUUCUCUGUUUCUUAUCACUCACCGGGGUUUGGCGGUACUGAGUCGGAUAUAGUGCGCUCACUCUUCUGCGUUCAGCACACGUUCCUUGGUUUAUCUACCAAACGGUGUUCCCUUAAGUACUGCUGACUAGACCAGCAUCAUAGAGCUAAUUGACAGUGUGCCCUAGAUGUGUCUGCACACACCUGUCACUGUCUUUCGCCGCUUACUAUUACCCGGCGUACUACCCUUAACCCCUGCCUGCCUUAGACGCAGCCAUCCUCUUAAAGUAGUUCUGCUUUUCCCCCCACACCGGUCACCUUCCGCACAGCCAUCCCUGUCUUGGCGGUUGUCGCCGACUCACUGUUUCCACUUCCGUGUGCUUGUACAAGAUUCGCACGCCUAGACUACAUCGUAUAUCCGUCGGCGUUCGUCGUAUCGGCGCAUCUUGAUCCCAUACCGAUAACCCUCUUGCUCUUCCUGCAGCUUCCGCGUCCUCCUAAUCCAAAUCACGGCACUGACCGUGCCUUUCACUCGGACGCAAUGGCGUAAGUAGAACCCGUCUACUAACUCCCCGUCAUUACCAACUGAAAUUUCACCUAAUACUACCGACAAUUCUAAUCUUGUUCUUAAUGCUCGCACUAACGACAAUCGUUGUGAAAGCGGCCAAGGGAUUCAAGGACCGGCUGCUUUUACUCACACUUUUGCCACUUUUGUCCGCCGGUUCUCCUUGGCGGUUAUACCCGCCGCGAGAAUUCUUGGGCGGCUGUUUGUGGUGACAUUCGUCUGAAACAGAUACGCGUCCGCUAUGUGCUUCAGGAGGUUUUUCCAAGCCACAGAUAGGUUGUUAGUUAUUUGUGGCGAUAAAAUUGCCUGCUGAACUUUCUUCAAUGGCGUGGACGACUCCACCUGCAGUCUUCUUGGCCUACAGUUGGUCAGUUUAACGGAUAUGGGGACUAGGUAAAACAUAGAUUACGACACUCUUCCUUCUGUGCUGCAUAAUCUACCAUUCAUUUUUUUCUUAUUUGCUUUCGUCAGCAAACAGAUCGGUCCCCGCGGACGCUGCAGCAUGGGUCGUAGUUCUGUAGUCGGACAUAUUUCGUGAGGUUUCUCGGAAAUUUUGAGUACGGACGGGUCCCAAACAGCCGUUCGGAUUGUUUGUUUGAGGUUGUCUCUAGCGCUUUGGUUUAAAAGCCUAACCACAAGGCAGCGGUGGCAAGCAAACUUAUUUAAUGAUAGUUCACAAUGGUCUUGUUACAGUGCCGUCAUCGAUUCUUGUGGCUUUUUUUUAUAAGGCUUUCAGUAUGCCAGACCUCAGCCCUCCGCACCCUGAUAGCACUGUCGUUGCUGGUCCGCGAUUACUUAUUCGUCAGACCUGGAUCUGCAUACCUCGUAGCCAACCUUCACUGAAGGCCGUCUCACUAUCCGCCAUUCGUGGACGCGCCAGGUAGCCAGCAGACACGCCAACGGACAACCCGUUUGGUAUUCGGUCUGGCGUUCGACAGGGUCGUAUCCUGUCGCAAAUUCUGUUCAACUACGCGAUUGAUUGGAUUUUCGGGAGGAUGCCACACGAUGGUGACGGUUACGAGUUUGUACCCGGACACCGGCUGACUGAUCUCGACUAUGCCGAUGAUAUUGCCUUACUCGCUUCAAGUUUUGGUGGUCUGCAGCCUAUGGUGUCAGGGCUGAACGAGGUCGCCCAAUCGGUCGGUUUAUCCAUAAACGCUGAGAAGACUAAGAUGUCUUCUAGCCGCAUCCCUGACCAGGAGAAGGCACCUCUCGGGAUUGAUGGCUGUCAACUUGAAGUAGACAGUUUUUAAAUACCUCGGGGCGAGACUGCUACCGAAUGGACAGAGUAAAGACGACAUUGUCUCCCGAACUGAUGAUGCCCGACGGAUUUUUUCAAGCCUUAGAAAACACCUAUGGAUACGACGCGGCAUCUCCAUCGUCACUAAUAUUCGUGUGUAUCGUGCAUCUGUCCGUCCCGUCCUUCUCUAUGGCUGUGAAUGCUGGGCUGUGCGCGUGGAGGAUAGGUAGGAACUGGAGGUAUCUGGCCACCGCUGUUUGAGGACCAUCCUGCGAGUGAAGUACACCGACUUCAUCUCAAAUGAAAGAGUCCGCACUUGCUGCGCAACAUCGCAAGGAUAACCCAGGCCAUCCAGGAAAGACAACUGAGGUGGUUUGGGCAUGUUCUCAGUCGACCACUUCAUGAGCUCAAUGUUACUGCCUUCGAUCCGGUACCGUUACCCCAUUGGAGGCGUCAAAGAGGGGGUCAACUCAAUGCCUGACUCGACACAUUUCGUCAAGACAUGGAGGUGGUUCUUUGGCCUUCGGUAUUCGCUCUCCGUCGAUGACAAAAAGAAUAAGUUGGACUGUAUAGAUCUGCUGUCGCGGAUCGUCGCACGCUGAGAAGUACAGUUCGGGACAUCAUCGAGGCUGGCUAGAUUACGCAUGAUCACAGCCGUACCAAGUACAAGUAGUGCAAGUCAGCAAGUACUUCAACGCUCACAAGCGUAUCCAUACUUUUCACACAAAAGACUUGGCUCACUUCCUACCGAACAAUAUAGGCUUAACUUUCACUUUCGACAUUCUCAACUUCCCCCGCAAGUUCCAUUGUGGCCAUCAUGUCGGCCAUAAUAUCCGCUGUAACCUUCACAAUUUCACCUUAGUCCCGAUUGAUGAUCACGGACUGCGACGAAUUCGCCUUCACUGGUUGACCAGUGCCCACGUCUUCCAUUUCCCCCAUCUCAUUUAGAGGCCACUAAUGCCGAAUUUUUAAAACUUGCGCACUCCCAAUUUAGGUCAUAUGUGGAGUACUUAAACAAACGAAUGGCGUCGAUGCGUUUUUUUUCACAUUUUUCUUUUCUAAAAUCGGUUGUACGUCGCAUUCGUAUGCCCAAUCCACGAAACCUCUAUUACCACUGUUCCGGCAUUAAGGGAGUCCUUGUCUCAAAUUUUAUCGAUGGGGUCACAUACACUACCGUUGUCACUUCGUCUUUAUUGUGAUGUCAAUUAAUUGUCGUUUAUUAUAAUCUUUACCAGUUUUUCACUGAAAUAACCUGUGCACCAAAUUUCGUAAAUACCAGAUUUGCCAUAAGUGGCAGGGGAUCAAUGGUCAAGGUGUGUGGCGUGUUUCUUUUUGACGAAUUUAUUUGUACUUUUAUUUUCCAAACCGGAAAGUACUGGCACUUUUUAAUUGCUUUCAUUACUAAAGAGCGUCCUCAGCGUUCUAACCAGUCGUAUAGUGGCGUCUUACACAUAUGUGACCUGACUACAGGGCGGAGUACAGCUCUCCUAUUUUGUCCCGGAACUCCAUUCUAGACGAUCGCACAGUGACAAACAUUUGAGAUCUAACUGAAACCGGAAUGCAGGGACUUCCCGGCUUAGUCAGCACCGACUAAUUUAGGGCGGGUUAAUAAUCUCAAAUAUGUCAGGCGGUCGCGCCCGUCUUCUUUGACUUUGCCAGUAAUGUUUCACCCUGCUGCUUUUGCAUCUUCCAGUCGGAAAAGCCGCCGGCAAAUUCUGCCACGGCAGACAUCGCCACCUUAGUUGAGACGCACUUUGCGCGCUCCGAAUGCGUAACCGGUGCGGGAGAGUGCGAGGCUUGUGGCCGGGAGAGUGUGCGAGAACGCCAACUCAGUCUGCGACAUCUGUCACCGCACGUCCUCAUCGGCCUGAAUCUCUUUGCAUACAACCGUGCCACACAAGCCUGUCACAAGGUGAUGCGGCGUGUACGCAUCAACGAGCUGCUUUCGGUCCGUGUGCCAAAAAACUCCCCACUCUCACAGCAACCAUCCGUGCCUCCUCCGGACACCUCAACCACGGAGGCCGCACCCUCCUCAACCUGUCAAGUCGUCUCUCUUGACGGUGAGCCUCGCGAACAACAGCCAUUGCCAUCUCCAGGCCCCGAUGUCGCCGACGAGAGUAGUAUUCAUGUGUACAAACUGCAGGGCAUGAUUCUGCACCAUGGCCUCUCUCUGAGCUGCGGACACUACACAUGCGUUGCGAAGGUGGACAGCAACUGGGUCUCCUUUGACGACUGUUCAGCGUCCUUCACUAGUCUGGAUCAAGUCAAUCGUCAACAGUUUGCCACCCCUUAUCUCCUACUUUACAGCAAAGUGUAG